AUGGCAACUUGGGCAUACCCACCUUUGCCUCCAGAUUCGUUGGAACGGGAAGCGGACAGUGCUUUGGCACGGGAAUUAGAAUGGCUGCUUCGGUCUCUACAGGACUCUCUAGUGGCAUUGAGGGAAGGCCUUCGUGAGUGUGCUGCAUUACUGGCUCCAAAAGAGCCCGGCUCGACGCUGGUGCUGUCCUCUCUCCGGUCGGAGAGUGUCAAAGGCUUCGUGACCAGAGUUGGAACCAAAGUGGUGAAGGGGGACAUACAACUGCGCCUUAGCUCUCUUGCAUCUGCCCGUGGCACACCUACUACCCGUCUAUGCGUAUCCAAUGCUCCUGGCGCUCCAGAGCUCGUCCUUAAACAAUUGUCGUCCGUGCGAGAUCUCGUCAAUCAGAGCCUCGAUGUCGUAGAUGUAAGCACAUGGACCGGUGACCCACUGGAUGCCAGUUUCAUUUUCGGUCAACUGCAUCUUUUGCAUGAAACUAUUAUGGAGGCGCGGCACGUGCUGAAAGGGGAGAACGAUAAUGUGCAAGGCAAGUGGUGGGAAACCAGCGCGGAGGAUAAUGUUUUCGACCCUCCACUGCCGCCAGAUCUCUCGUUCCACCUCUCUAUUGCGGAUUCGGCUCUUGUGCUCUAUCUGAGAACCCUUGAGACUACUACGCCUUCUCAUGCGCCGACAGCCUUUGCUACCGAUAUCUCGCUUACCGGGUUCAACAUUCGAGACCGAUUAUUCGGGCCACGGCAUCGCCCUCAUGACGAGAUGGGCGAUAUUUUCGUUUGGAAAGGAGAAGAGGUAAAAGUAAAGGAGAAGAUCCGUGUUGAGAGCCAGGAUCCUAGUCUGAUGGCGGUCAUGGCCAAACUCAUGGCUCUGGAGCACGAAGUGAUGAAAUGGUUGACAUCCCUGAAAGUGCUAAUGGGCACUGAGGACACAGACAGUGAUUCAUGA